CCACAUCUGAGCUAUGCAUACUGCAACCAGUGUUCUACAUGCACCUCCACCCAGAUUGCGUUCCUGCGAAGUCAACCCCAGCCACUGCCACCGAUAUUGAGCUUGCCCGGUGGUCAUUUGUCGGGAUCGUGACAAUCUUCGAGUUUCUCGCACUGAGGCAAAACAAUAUCUCGUUUCCGCCUGGAACCGUGUCGUUCCCUGGCUUCUCUUCUUUCACGACCAGUUCAUUAUGUGCAGAGCCAACUAUAGGCCCGUCGAUAAGAAGCUUGUCAUUGAUCUAGUUGGCAAGAUACUGCAAUAUGCCUUUUCCGCGAGGGACGGGAACACGCCGCUGCUCACUACCGCGCCCACCCUUUACCGCUUGAUCGUAGAGUUGUGGUUGCUGGCCCUCAAUAUCAAGGACAAGGAUGCGCUAUUCAGCCUGAGCGCCCAGCAUCCAUUGUCUCAUUCGCACUAUCGUUACCUCACUACUCUUGAACUCAUCUCCCCGAUUUUAGCCAUAGGGUGCAUGCACGACGAAGCCUUUAUGGCCGUCGUUCUCGAAGUGUCAGGUGACACUGGUGCUCUCGCUUCUAUGGCUCUGAAGUAUGUGAAGAGCGUACGAUCAAUGGCCCAGGACCCUGAUGCAAUCUCGAGACCAUCAACGUCACCCGAGCUGCUUGCAUCGAUGCUUUCGCAUUGUGUUAGAUUUAUCAGGGACAUGAGCAAGCGCAGCGUCGCGAUGCGGGAAGAAUGUAUUGUCCGACAAUCCGUCAGAGUGAUUUUUUCGGCUUCCCGUGCCAUCCAGUUUCUUCUGUCUUUCGCAGGGACCAUGGAGCAGAUACUCAAACCGUCACUCUUCUGGAGUUUUGAGUACCUCGCUGAUCUCCUUGACCAUGCCGAUGACACCAUCUCGGUGCUACAUCAAGCUCUCCGCUCACAUGCAUUUGAAAUAGCACUGGGUACCCCGAGACCCCUGGAGGUGGAUCUUAAUAAUAUCCGCACAAGUAUUCUUAUGAUAUUGUACGAUUACCUUGUCUACGACAAAAUCUUGACCUAUGCGUGGAAACACGUGGACUCCUGGUCUAAUACUCUCGGACCGAUUGCAACGCAAGACCAAACCAUCCAGGGGCGCUGGUCUGCGGUCGAGACGAAGAUACGAUUAUAUGCCGGUCUCAAGUUCAGGGAGGAAAGGAUAAGACGACCAUCACCCGAUGAAAAAGGCUGGAUUCUACGAUGUUACUGUAGUGAUACCGCAGAAGAUACUCAGCUUAGGCAAUGCUCGGGAUGCCAGGUUGUGCGGUACUGCUCAAAGCGAUGUCAGCGUGAUUCCUGGCACAGUCAUCACAAGUGGAGCUGUAAAUUUUUGAAGGCAGCUAUUGGCUCGUCGACACCGCACUACGUGAAACGUAGUCUCUGUCUGCUAUCUAGCCUAGAAGCUUACGAGGUCUUGUGCAGGUGGGGGGAUAUUCAGAGCCAGAUCGCCGUUGCGCGGUGCAAGUAUCCGCAAGAUCAGGACCGACUCGUUGUCAAGAUCACUAUAGAUGAGGAAGAAUUAUCAGUUCUACCUCUUCGACACUACCUCUUUCUGUUCAAUGGUCUCUCUGAAAAUGAGGUCGUGGACCGCUUAUCGUCAUGGCCAGAUCCAAGGGGCCAUCUUCAACGAUCGUUCUUUUGUUCGGUUAUCGCGAUAAACGAUCGAUAUUCGUCACAGCAGAUCUUGUUCAGUCCACGUACUGCAUUAGACAUGGAGACAGUGCCAACGCUCAGACGUAACCAUCAAUAUAUGAGCUCGCGAGCACGCGAGUGGGAACGACCUUGAAGCGUCAAUAUUCAAUGACUAUAUGUCUUCACGUUACGCAGCACUCGCAUAUUGCAUUAUUUUGGUCUUCAAUCUCGCUAUGACUGUUCUCUCGGCGACAGAUCCCAAACC